AUGAGUGCCAGCAGAGAAGCCAUAAGAUUCGAGCAUCGAGACGAAGCUCGAAGGACGGGCUCCCAAAAAGUGACCACCGAGUGGACAAGCGAUCGAAGAAUUCGAAGAAGGGGUACACAGAUAAAGCGCGCAUUCAGCACUUCUCCGAAAUGCCAGGAUGACCAAGAGCAGUUGCAGCAGGUGACGCAAUGCUGGCUGGAGCAGACCUGGGCAGUUGCGUGCGAUGCACCCAUAUGGGGCAAUGCCACUGUUCCAUGA